CAAAAUUUCUAUAAAUAUAGCUCUAGUCUUUCCUAGUCUUAUCAUCCAUCAUUUUCUCUCAUACUCCAAUACUCAUUUCUUCUCAAUUUUCUCUACUUUCCAAACACCUCCUUCUUCAACUGCAAUGGCUUCUUCCAGGAAGAUAAUCCUCCAGAGUUCUGAAAAAAAGCUUUUCGAGAUCUCCGAAAACGCAGCAAUGCUGUCUGAAACCGUCAAGAACAUGAUCAAAGCAAUCGGCGAAAGCAACGAUCCAAUUCCGGUGAAAAAUGUGAGCUCAACAAUUCUGUUGAAGAUCAUCGACUACUGCAACAAGCAUGUUGAGGAAGAGAAUGAUGAUGUACUCAAGCAAUGGGAUGCAGACUUCCUCAAACUUGACCAGGACAUUCUCUUUGAUCUCAUUCUUGCUGCUAAUUACAUGGAGAUCAAGAGUUUGCUGGAUUUAACUAGUCGCCGUAUUGCUGAUAUGAUCAAGGAUAUGACACCUGAGGAGAUAAGGAAGGAGUUCAACAUCAAGAACGAUUACACACCCGAAGAAGAGGAAAAGCUUCUCGAGGAGAACAAACGGGCUUUCAAGUAAUCUGAAUUUGCAAUGGAUGAAACUGUUAGAACAUUUUCAUUUACCAGUCCCAAACUGUGUUUCUGACUAGCUUAAUUACCUGCUGCAUUUGUUUGCUUAAUGCUGUAGUGUUGUAGUGCUGUAGCACAAACUAUGUUUACUGCUGUAGUGUUGUAGCUCGAAUGUGUAUAACCUGCAAUUUAAAAUUGUUGCGGGUAUGAUAAAAGGAAAGGCAGUAGACGUGAUAAGUAUGCCUGAGGAUGUAACAGAAUUAAGGUAUAUGUACGUUGUGGGCCUUCGAGUAGUGAAAUGAAGCAGUUUUUAUGGCUAA